CCCACAGCUGUAAAUGGCAAAGAUCAUCGAGAACUUCAGCUGGAUGUUCUGUUGUUUUUUCAGCUCCAUUUGGAUUUGUCUUUUUAUUAAAGAUGUGCUUAACUAAUUGUAUUGAUUGUGGCCACCAAAAGGAAAAAGAAUGAUAGAUGGAAAAUUGAGUGAAUGCCAAGAAUUCAAGAGAAGACAAACAUGUGGAGACUGCUUUUGAUACCCUUGUAUGCUUUUAUGCUGGCGGACUCAAGUCAUGCUCAAGACGAGCAAAACUGUGCUACAGUACUAAUGUGUGGUCCAAGAACAUUACGUGGGGAAAAUGCUAUAAAAACAAAGGAAUAUAAUUUAACCUCAGAUCUACCAGUGCUUAACAUCUCCAACAAUCAUGUGACAUUCACAACUGGAUUCAUCAGAACCAGGGUUAUUCCUGUAGCUUAUAUGAUUGCUAUUGUUAUCGGAAUUCCUUCAAACGCCCUGGUUCUGGCAUUUCUGAGUCGGAAGACCAGAUGUUUGUCGAGUGCAAUCCUCUACUUAAGCCUAGCAGCUUCAGACCUUCUUCUCCUGGUCUCUCUCACACUUAAAGUCCACUACCAUCUGAACGGCAACAACUGGGUGUUUGGGGAACUCGCCUGCAAACUUGUGACAGCUUCCUUUUAUGGUAACAUGUACUGCUGCAUACAUACCCACAUGUGUAUUAGCAUGUUGCGGUAUUUAGCUGUGGUACAUCCAUUCCUGUACAGAAGACUCUCCAAAAGAUCUUGCACAACCUGGGCAAGCCUGACUGUGUGGAUUGUUUUUGCUAUGGCCAUGGCUCCGGAAUUACUCCCUCGUCAAAGCUACUACCUCGUCAACGACGGGAUCAUCACGUGUCACGACGUUCUACCUUAUGACGAUAAACUAUAUAACAUCCUAAUUUUUUAUAGAUUAUGCCUCAUUUUCCUAGGCUUCAUAUUUCCUUUCGCAGUCAUCAUAUUUACCUAUGGAUCCAUUGUAUAUCAGCUAAGCAGGUCUAGCUGUGAUUUUACAUAUUACAUCAAGGCAAGCACACUUGUAUUUGUGAUCUUCUUAGUGUGUUUCACGCCAAGUAACACGAUCCAUUUGAUACAUUAUGUGAGGCUGUAUACAAGCAAACAAGAUGACUUCUAUAAUUACUUCAGUGUAGCUGUGUGUGUCUGCUGCUUUCACAGUUGCCUGGACCCCUUCCUUUCUUACAUUAUAACAAAGACGUCAACCCCCAGAGAGAUCGUAUCUCACUUCCAGAAUGUCUCUGGGAAGUUCGGUGAUUCACUGCAAACCUACACCCGGUAAAAUGGAGAUACAUUAAAGUCGACCACACUCUGUGCUACUUGUACCAUUAUAACCAUUGCCCAAGUUGUCGAUAAAUAUUAUUGUCAAUUCACACUCUUAACCUUGUUACACUACCGUUCAAAAGUUUGGGGUCACUUUGAAAUGUCCUUAUUUUUGAAAGAAAAGCACUGUUCUUUUCAAUGAAGAUCACUUUAAACUAAUCAGAAAUCCACUCUAUACAUUGCUAAUGUGGUAAAUGACUAUUCUAGCUGCAGAUGUCUGGUUUUUGGUGCAAUAUCUCCAUAGGUGUAUAGAGGCCCAUUUCCAGCAACUCUCACUCCAGUGUUCUAAUGGUACAAUGUGUUUGCUCAUUGCCUCAGAAGGCUAAUGGAUGAUUAGAAAACCCUUGUACAAUCAUGUUAGCACAGCUGAAAACAGUUUAGCUCUUUAGAGAAGCUAUAAAACUGUAGCCUGGCAAGCCAGACUAAAUGUGAAUAUUUAGUCUGGCCUCGAUCCGUAGACAUUUCCAAAGCGGGUAGGAGGAACAAACCGCUGUCUUUCAAACUGUCUCUGUGCGUAUAGGCCAACGCUCUGACCAAUCAGCGCAACAGUGACUGUGACGUAGUCAGAGCGACAGAAAGCAGUGGGGGAGGCCUUGAAAUUAAAUAAUUUUUCAAAAUGCGUAUUAAUUAAUAAACAGGUCCUAGAUAUUAAGAAGUUUGGAGAUAAUGACCACAAGUUUGGAGUCUGUACCACAUACACAUUUUUUCCAAGUGUUUUUCAAGGGUUUGCUUAAACUGUUUUUGAGAGUUUUUAUUUAGUGGUGUUUGGUGAAAUAAUUUCCCUUAAAUUUAAAAUAACGGGAAAAUAAGAAACAAUCAAAAAGUAAUGUUUCAAAGCUGUUUAUUAAUUCUUCGUACUGCACAAACUAGCCCCAUCCUUUUGGCUACGAGCGGAGUCAGCUGGUAGAUCAGACUUUUGCCAUAGCCGGUCGGCAAAACAGCGAAAACGUCCUUCUUGAAAAGGAAUGAGCGGAGAGCCUCUUCCUGCUCAUGUUUCAAUGAAAACUCCAAAUCUAAUUCUUCUAAAACUGAUUCCAAAGCGGAGUCAAACGCGUGCUGUUCACUAGCCCGUAGCCAUUUUUCCUGUUGCGCUUUCUCCAGCAUCGCGCAGCUUUGUCGUCACUCCUGCAAAAGCCCGCCCAAAGAAUCCAAACAAAAACCUUGCGUUGUGAUUGGCGGGCACGAUUUGAUGCCCGGGGUGUUUUUGUUUAUAUGGUGCGAGGCUAGACCCAUUCGCUAGGCAAAAAUAUUUUUGGCCGCUAGGCGGUUGGGUCUAGUUUACUAGGCUAAUAAAACUGACCUUCAGAUUGAGUUUCUGAAGCAUCACAUUUGUGGGGUUGAUUAAAUGCUCAAAAUGGCCAGAAAAAUGUCUUGACUAUAUUUUCUAUUCAUUUUACAACUUAUGGUGGGAAAUAAAAGUGUGACUUUUCAUGGAAAACACAAAAUUGUCUGGGUGACCCCAAACUUUUGAACGGUAGUGUAUGUUUGGGCAUAAACGGAAGGACAGGAGUGUAUAACACAAAUAAUGCUUAGGGCACAUGCAUCUAUUCUACAGGAAAUCACAGGUACUUCAAUAAUAUAGGCUCUUAGAACAGAAUGUAUGAUGUUUCCAGAAAAAAAUCUUAACAAUAUAUGCAUAAUUAGGUUAUAUUUCACAGUUAUUCCAUGAAAUUGAGUUGUACAUGAGCUGAUAGCUGAUGAGGCGCGUAGCGCCAAGUUGGCUAUAGCCAUGUACAACAUGAUUGAGUGGAAUAACUGCUUUCUCAUAUUUACGUUCACUGGAUUUUAAGAAACAGAGCAUUUUUAUUUUUUGCAAAUUUGAUAAAUAAAAACUUUAUACAAAACGUCUGACAAAAUAAUUUCCGCUUAGAACGUAAACAAACUGGCCAAAUGACAGUAGCAAUUUGUGAAAAAAUGUGAUAAUAAUAAUUAUUGAAAAAUAAAAAAGGUACGUUCUUACCAUCAAAUACUUUUAUUCCAUAUUUUAUUGCUUUUAUUUUUUGUAUUUCUUGUGGUUUUGCUUUUGAAUAGAGUUUUUAUUUCAUCCUCGGUUGGUUCAGCAGUACGCUCCGCCGUUUUGUUUUUCUCUACUCUACGGUAUAUGAGCUGAUAGCCUAGUAGUAGAGUAGCCAAUCAGAGCACGCGAUUGCUCAUAUCCAGUGAAUGUGGCUACAAUAACGUGUUAUACUGAUUAAAGCAGCUUGUCAAUUUAUCCAGAAAAAUGAUGCCAUUUUAAAAACGAUGUACAUCUUUGCACUGGGGGCGGCACGGUGGUGUAGUGGUUAGCGCUGUCGCCUCACAGCAAGAAGGUCCGGGUUCGAGCCCCGUGGCCGGCGAGGGCCUUUCUGUGCGGAGUUUGCAUGUUCUCCCCGUGUCCGCGUGGGUUUCCUCCAGGUGCUCCGGUUUCCCCCACAGUCCAAAGACAUGCAGGUUAGGUUAACUGGUGACUCUAAAUUGACCGUAGGUGUGAAUGUGAGUGUGAAUGGUUGUCUGUGUCUGUGUGUCAGCCCUGUGAUGACCUGGCGACUUGUCCAGGGUGUACCCCGCCUUUCGCCCGUAGUCAGCUGGGAUAGGCUCCAGCUUGCCUGUGACCCUGCAGAACAGGAUAAAGCGGCUAGAGAUAAUGAGAUGAGAUGAGAUCUUUGCACUGGCAGAGAUUAAUUAUAGCAAAACUGCUGACUCUUCCUCUACUGUUGCUUUUUUAAAAAUAUCCUGUUGUUUGUAAAGGCUGUUUUUCCAGCUUUAAUUAUGAGUCAUAAAUGUUGAUGUAACAUGUAUUUCUUUGUUCUUUCUGUAUCUUCAUAAAAAAAAUAACUUUCUCAAUCUCUCCAUCAACCUUUCUUCAUCUUGAUAUUUUUGUACACUAGUGGCUGUUGGUCAUUUAUUUGUUCACAAUAUAUCAUCAGAGAUUGAAAACUCUUGAAAGCAGAAAUUAAAAAAAAAAAAAAGUACAUGAGUACUCCUGGGUACAAAUUCUUUCUUUAGCAACACCAUACAACAUGAUGAGAUGUCAGUAAGUCAGUACCUUGCAGAUAAGGUCUUUGGUGUGCAGCAGCAGAUCAUGGUAGUGUUUGGCUGUGUCUGGAUUAACUCCCUGUAGUUUGGCUGUUGGGAGAGUUAGAGCAGCAAAUGUCUUCUCUGCAUCUCCAGAAUUCAGAGCUUCGUUGAUUUCAGCAAUGGCGAUGACUCCUGCAGACACAGACGUCAUAUGGUUAGUGCGAUUAACAGAAAUGGAGAAAAAAAAACCCCAUACAUUUCUGUGUAGUGAAUCUAAAACACUUGUAUGUAUACUGAUAAAAUGCAAAAAAAGAUCAAGUAUAAUAUAAUCCAGCGUUGUGUAUCAAUUGU